AUGGCGGUUAUGGUGUUGGCACCCUCGCAAACUGAUUGCUUCUUCAAGUCCAGUUUCCUUCCUCUGCCGAUUCCCUGUAGGAAAUCAGGGAUUCAAAUAUCAAACCCCAGAAGGAAAAUUUCUAACCCAUCGGUUUCAAUUUCCUGUGCUGCACCCAAAAUUGUUCGAAGCCGGCCGCUAGACAAUCUCGUCGUGAAGCAGAACAGUAUUCGAUUUGUUCAAAAGCUCAGAACCCUACUUCUUUCCAAGCCAAAGCACUAUCUCCCGGUAAACAUUCUCGCCAAAUGCCGUUCUUAUCUCGGUCUCCCCGACCGUCGUCCCCUCAGAAGCAUGAUUCACAGGUACCCUUCUAUAUUCGAGUUCUUUGCAAUCCCAACACAUCCAUCUCCAUUCAAUGCCACGAAGCCCUACAAUCAGCUCUGUGUUCGUUUGACCCCAGCAGCAGAAGCACUAGCUGCUGAGGAGUCCAGGCUCCAAUCUGCCAUUUCCAUCAAACAGGCAGAGAAACUGCAGAAGCUGCUGAUGCUUGCUUCCCACCGCCGGCUGCUUUUAACAAAGCUGGUUCACCUAGCACCUGAUCUCGGCCUCCCGCCAAACUUCCGGUCUCGCCUCUGCAACGAUCAUCCGGAUAAGUUCAAGAUUGUGGAGACUUCGUAUGGUCGUGCCCUGGAGCUUGUGUCAUGGGAUGAUCAGUUAGCUGUUGCUAUACCUCCUCGGGUUGUUUCCCGUGAUUUGAUAGUGGAUAGGCCGUUGAAAUUCAAGAGGUUGCAGCUUAGAAAGGGGUUGAAUCUGAAGAGGCGGCAUGAGGGUUUCCUGAUUAAGUUUUCUGAACUGCCUGAUGUGUGCCCUUAUCAUACAACCAUGGAGGAAUUCAGUAAAGAGUCCAUGGAAGCGGAGAAGAGAACCUGUGCUCUGGUGAGGGAGGUGUUGGGAUUGACAGUUGAGAAGAGGACUUUGCUAGACCAUUUGACACAUUUCAGGAAGGAAUUCGGGCUCCCCAACAAGUUGAAGGGUUUGAUACUAAGGCACCCGGAGGUGUUCUAUAUGAGCUUGAAAGGAGUGAGACAUUCUGUGUUCUUGGUGGAGGGGUUCAGUGAGAAAGGUAAACUCUUUGAGAGAGAUGAUACUUCGGUCAUCAAGGAUAAGUUGAUGCAUUUGGUCAGGGAAUCGAAAAGAAUGAGGCAAGAGAGGCGUAAGGCUGCAAUGAACCGAAAUGUUGCUGGAGUCUCAAAUGAUGCCAGUAGCAGUGAUGGAUUUCAUGAUGUGAAUGGUGACGAGUACGAUGAUGGGUUUGAGAAUAUUUUUGAAGAUUCGGAUCUCGAGGAUUUUGAUGUGGACUCAUUUGAAGGCAUCGGGGUUUGGGGCGAUAGAGAGAACAUGGAGUUCUGGGCUGCAGAUGUUACCUUUCUUUCUGAUCACGAAGCUGGGGGAUCUCUCCCUGAACCCUGGUAG